CCACCUAGCGAUUUGUCAAACUGAGCCGAGUCCGGCCGCUUAUUCCCAACUCCUAAGGCCUUGCAGCUCUGUGGACUCGAUGUUUCAUGGAACUAUCACAAAAGAACUAAUCAAUCAUGAAGAAUGGAGUCACUAUAAUCAAAACAUAAUAGAAGAUCAGAAAGAUUUUGUUUUUGUGAAGUUCUGUGGUCUUCAUUUAAAAUCUAUGGAAAAGUUGCAGUCUUGUGUUUCUCUCAGAGUAUGCAUCUUCUCAAACAAUUUUGUUACUGAUAUUAGUCCACUUCAAAGUUGUAUAAAAUUAGUCAAACUUGAUCUCCAUGGAAAUCAGGUAAAGCAUCUACCAGGUGCCAAAUUUUGGAGUAGAUUAAAGAACCUAAAACUUCUCUAUCUUCAUGACAACGGGUUUGCAAAGUUAAAGAAUGUAUCCAUGUUGUCGGCCUGUCCAUGCCUCGUUGCCCUCACUAUGUUUGAUUGCCCAGUAAGCCUUAAAAAAGGGUAUAGGCCUGUGCUGGUCAACAGUAUACACACUCUCAAAGCACUGGACCAUCAUGUGAUUUCUGAUGAAGAAAUAAUCCAGAACUGGUAUCUUCCUGAAAGAUUCAAAACGUAUAACCACCGGCUUUUCUUUAAUUUCUGCCCUCCUUUGAAAAAGGGAUCAAUCUAUGAGGAUGAAAUUAAUAAUAUCAAAUUUGUUAUUUCAAAAAUUAAUACAAUCAUGGCUCAUAAUUCACCAAUUUUGAUUAUUCAAAGAUGGAUACGAGGUUUCCUGGUUAGAAAAGGUUUGAGCUCCCUCUUUUUGUAUAAAAAACAUCAAAAAAAAAUUAUUAGCGAAUGUGAAACAAAAUGGAUCUACGUACACAAAAGAUAUGAAGAUGGAGUUUUUAAGGAUCUCAUUUUUAAGCCUGAAACAAGUAUAACAGGAAAGCUUGCACGAUGGAGACAUAAUAUUCAUUCUCCUGUUUAUUUAGAAAAUACAGGUAAACAGAGAAAACAUGUUUCCUCUCUUUUAUAUGAAUUAAAGACAAAAGAUAUUGGCAAAAAACCAAGACAUCUAAUUGAAAAAGGUCAAGAGUCAGAAGGUGAAACUGAGGAUGAAAAAUUGCAUGCCGGUUUUAGGAUAUCAGUGUUCAGAUUACCCAGAUGUUCACCAGACUCCUUGAAGUAUGCUGAAGUAUUGAAAGAGAAAGAACAAGAUUCUUUUCCUGCGUAUACCCAGCCAUAUUCUACCACUCACCAAAAACCAGUAAUUAAAAAAACACACAAGCUUUUGGAGAAGAAUCUAAGAAGAGAGUUUUUUACAACACACAGAACGGGUAUAAAACUCAAAACACUUUGUGAUAUUGAUAAAUAUCGCUCAGAACAAGAGAAGCAGGAAAGCCAUAAGAAAAAAGUAAUAGCUGUAACCAUGGCACAAACUGCCCAAGAAAGAGGUGGCUUAAAGGCUCUAGAAGCUUUAACUAAGAAAAAACGGGCUGCACAGAAGCGAGGGGCAGAAGAUAAGAAGGCAGUUCAGUAUGGUUUACGCCAACUUUGGCAGGACAGGUCCAACUACCUUGAAAAAGUUAGGGAGAGGAGAGCUUUGUUUCUAGAAGGGAAAAACCAAAAAGCUGAAGACCGCUUAUUAAUUCAAAACUUAAAUAAUGAGCGUACCUUUUGGACCAAGAACCUAAAUAGAAUUGACAGAGGGAAGAAGAAAGAAGCUCUCUUAAAAGAGAAACACCAGAUUGUUCAGCAAAAACGAGAAGCAGAAAAAAAUCAAAAGGAUUUACUUAAACACAUGAAGGAACUUAGAGCUCAAAAUAUAUAUAAAAGACAUGCUGAAGAAAAAUUUGUUUUUGAUAUGAUUGCCUUUCAAAAAGCUUAUGAAAGGUUCCGAGAUGCUAAAGCAAAAGUUGCAAUUGUAAAAACAAAUGUAGUCUUUGGAUUUCCCAGUGGAUUGACAGAAUGAACCAAUACCAGAUCACAUCCCAUGGACAUUUUGAAUUACAGCCGUUAUUUUCAGUUAAAGGACUUUAAUGUUAUGAAAGAAGAAAUAUUCUGUGUCACAAGAUGGAUUUGUACAUAAAUCUUCUUAAAAAUAUAAAGAGUAAUUAAAAUGUUUCUGUUACUGAUCAUAAUUUAGCUAAAAUCAAGUUAACUUGGCACCCCAAAGGUUUCUUAUAUAUCCAGAUGUCCAAGGAACAAUUAAAACAGAUUUCUUUUAUUGCAGGAAAUAUUGCAAAAGGCAUUGCUUAUAUUGUUUCAUAUCCUGAGAGUAACAAAGCUAUUUUCAGUUUUUCUGGCAAUCUUACCAUAGUUCUUUCUGGCCCGACUGCUGACUUUUAUUAAGACACUGUGUAUUUUGAUGAGUUUCAUUACGUGCUCUCAUAUAUUUAAUUAUGCUUUCUGUUUAUUUUGUUAAAACAAUUUCUGAAUAUUUUAUCAAAAUAAAGUUUUUACCACUGUGUCAAUGAUUCAUGCUCUUAUAAAAAUUCAGGAUAUUUAAAAUAUAAAAGAGAAGUUAAACAUUGCUGUUAACUUUCUUAGAUAUUAUAAGAU